CUCGUAGUGGCAUCGAUGCCGGCGCUCCCCCGCCGGUCGGCGUCCUCGGGCGCAGCCGACGUGCCCAGCGCGCGGCUGGGCUACCGCUACGCGGGCCUCGAGCGCUUCUCCGGUCGACCGCGCGUCUACGAGAGUCCGUCGUCGUCGCGCUCCUCGUCGCCACCGCCGCUGCCCGACAAGCAGCCGCCGCCGCUGCCACCGUCGUCCCAACUGCCAUCCUUUGCGGCCCUGACCUUGACCAGCUCCCUGUCUACCAAGCGGGAGCUGUUCUUCCGCGACGGGCCGGUGCCCCCGGCGGCGCCCAGCGCCGGCGGCCUACUGGGCCUGAGCAAGGACUCGGCCGGCAGCCUGUCUUCUUCAGGAGGAGGCGGCGGAUCGGCGCCGCCGUCGUACACUUCGGCUACCGGGAACCGCGAGCUUGCGGAGGGUUACGUGGGCUUCGCCAACCUUCCCAACCAGGUCUACCGCAAGGCGGUCAAGAAGGGCUUCGAGUUCACCCUCAUGGUGGUCGGUGAAGCUGGACUUGGAAAGUCAACGCUCAUCAAUUCUAUGUUCCUAACGGACAUUUACUCAAAUGAAUAUCCCGGGCCAUCUCACCGUGUAAAGAAAACUGUGGAGGUUGAAACCACUCGAGUUCUUCUAAAGGAAGGCAGCGUCAACCUAACACUGACCAUUGUGGACACACCAGGCUUUGGCGACGCUGUUGACAACACUCAGUGUUGGCAGCCUAUAAUCGACUACAUUGAAGCGAAGUAUGCAGAGUACCUCGAUGCAGAAUCACGAGUACAUCGGACAACAUUGCCUGAUAAUAGAGUUCACUGUUGUCUUUACUUCAUUGCACCUUCAGGACAUGGGUUAAAGCCUCUGGAUAUUGAAUUCAUGAAGCGGCUCCAUGACAAAGUCAACAUUAUCCCUGUGAUUGCCAAAGCAGACACUAUGACACCAGAGGAGUGCAGUCUAUUCAAGCGAACGAUUUUGAACGAGAUCACGCAAAACAAAAUUCGUCUUUAUGAAUUUCCUGAUCCAGAAGAUGAAGAGGAGAGCAAACUGCAAAAGCCACUUAAGGAACGUGUACCCUUUGCUGUUGUAGGCAGCAAUACAGUGGUUGAAGUGAAUGGUCGGAGAGUCAGGGGUCGCAAGUAUCCUUGGGGAGUUGCAGAAGUCGAGAACAUGGACCACUGUGACUACAUUGCCUUGAGGAAUAUGCUCGUAAGGACUCACAUGCAGGACCUGAAGGACAUCACAAACAGUGUCCACUAUGAAAACUACCGUUGCCGAAAGCUUGCUGGUGUUGGAGGUGCUGGGGAGCCAGGUCAUGUCAGGUCUAACAAGAAUCCACUGGCCCAAAUGGAAGAGGAAAAGAAAGACCAUGAAGCUAAGAUGCAACGCAUGGAGAAAGAGAUGGAGCAGGUGUUUGAGAUGAAGGUCCGCGAGAAGAUGCAGAAGCUUAAGGAGUCUGAAGCGGAUUUGCAGAGAAGGCACGAGCAGAUGAAGAAAGGGCUGGAGCAGCAGAAGCUUGAGCUAGAAGAGAAGCGGCGCAACUUCGACAAGGAAAAGAGUUCUUUUGAAAUUGCCCACAGGGAUAUGGAGGAUGUCUUUCGCAAAAUGGCUGUGGACAGCAGCUCUAAAGAAUUGCGCCGUUCUGUCUCUGAGGACCACUUCAGUAGCCGCAAAUGCAUGCAGUAUGCUGCGCCCGUCCGAAAGAACUGCAAGCAGAUGUAGAGUGAUGCACGCCCCUACUACCACCCCUCUGCCGUCACCUCGGCACCCACCUUGCCUUUGGCCGGCUAUAGUUUCUUGCGUCACACUGAGAGUUCAAUGGACCAGCACAUCCUUCUCUUUUUUUUGCGCUUAUUUUUCUGUGUAUGCAGCACACUAUCAAGUUAUCAUUUUUCUGUCAGUGUUACGUGUUUUACUUGAGUUCUUCACUUCUGUGAUGAUUUUUCAAAGGUGUGUGAAUGCUUAAUGACAUGUGCAAGAUUACUGCUUCUGAUUUUGUUGGCUCCUUUUGGUGUCUUUCAAACACCCUGUAGAAACACUGUUUGCAUACUUUCUCAGGCAUGCAGGUUCACUCACUCUUGUCCACAAUAUUAAUUUUUAUUUUUACAUCUCUUGCAUCUCUUGAAAGGCGCCUCUUUGAUUGUGCUUUCAUCAUUUCAUUAUGACAGUCAUGACACUUAUCACAAUUCCGCAUUUUAUUUUGUGUUCUGUGCCACUGCCCUCCAUGCCAGCCAAAAAAUGGGAAAAAACAUGCCUGCAUAACUUGCAGUGCUAUUCAACAGAGGAUCAUGCACAUGAUAUUUAUGACAAGAACUUCAUGCAUGUUUUAUUUUCUUUGCACUUUCUGCGGCAUUAUGUCAAGGUUGGACAUUUUCCCCCAUGUUGCAGUCUUCAUUACAUGUUGCAGUUGAGCUGUGGUUAUUCAAGUCUGCAUUGUAAAUAACACUAGCCCUUAUUUCAGUGGCAGCACAUCCUUGUCAUUUUGAGCUAAAUGAUCUGGUCACAACUGUUUUUUAGUGCACACAUGCUUCACACAUUGUUGUUACUUUAUUUUUGUUUUUCAUCCUUUGUUGCAUUGUUACAUAUUUUAUUCCCAUUACUGUUGAUUAUAUAGUAUGUUCAAGUUUUGUGUGUCUUGUUUAUCAGCCCAUAAGGUUUGCAUAUUAGUGACUUGUUCUCAAGCAUUUUAUGCAUUGGGUAGUGUGUUGGAGCUUGAACUUAUUUCUUUCCCUCCAGAAGAAAUGCUAGUAGCUUUCAUACCUUUUCUCUCUGCUUUUGUUGUAGCUUAAAGUAUUUAUAUUUUAAAAAUUGUACAUAACAGUAAUUAGGACAUGAUUUUGUGAUAAGCAUGACCAAGGAGCACAUUGUUUAUUCCUAGUCCAACACAUAUUAGUUGUGAACCAGCAUUUCAGCUAUAAGUUUGUUGGUUUUGUCAGUGUUGGAAAAGAAAGGUGAGAUAGGUAAUGUGUGACCUGAUUAUUACCUGCAUGUUUCCAAAGUCUACUAUCUUAACUAAGUAGUAAGCACAAGAACUGUAUGGGUUGGUUGUUAUAGCUGUGACAAGUUGUAUGUGAUACGAGGAACUAGUAUAGUCUGUGCAUUCCACUGAAAGAAAAGAACAGCUCACACUAGAGAAUGAGCUAUUCCUUGAACGUGACAUUCUGUACUGUUACUUUAGAAUGGAUUUGUGAGCAGCACAACACGCACUACAGAUGAAAGGUGUCAGGAAAGCCAAUACCUUCUCAGCUUGCACAUGUGCCUUUGGAUUGCACCAUGUAACAACUUUGUCUACCACAUAAUAUGAAUGCUCUUUACUACUAAGUGGGAGAUUCAGCACAAUCACCUGCACAACUUAUAUAUGCCAGUGGUCAUCAAGAAACAUGCCUAAGAUUACGCACACAUCUUUGCUUCUGCAAACUAAUAUUCAGUUGAAGCAAGAGCCUGAUCUCACUAAGUGGCCUUAGUCUGGUAGCCUUUCGGUUGAUUGUUCUAAUAGUUUGAAGUGGGGACUGCUAGUAUGCUGUCGCCGUUAAUCGUGACUGUGGUCUGCAGAGUAAGAACUUAGAGCUGCAUAUCGACCAUAAGUGGUGUUUAGCAAGGCAAACUAGCACAUUGAUAUCAGUGUGUUGUGUUAAAUGUUUUAUUUUCUAACAAAGAAAGGUGACGUUACCUUUCUUGCUAGAUGUUGCCCAUUGCUUCAGCUAUAGCACGCAUAUUGGUAUCAACUGUAAUAUGUUCCUGAUAAUGUGUUGCAUCAUUCUUUGCAUUGCCAGUACUACCUUUGGUGGGCUUUCAAAUACCAAAAAGUUAUUUUUUAUUUUGUUGAUUAUCUUAUGUUGAGUUUUGUUUUAUAGUUUAUGUUCUGUUGGGAACAAAAACGAUCUUAAAAAGUAAUGACAGGGUCUUAUGUGAAACGAAAUUGUAUGUGUGUCACCACUGAAUUGAGACAUGCACCAAAGCGCUGGAGCUCAGGUAAUAUGGGGUCCUGUGGCUGAUCACUAGGGAAGUUCAGUAUGCUACAGCUUGAAAUAUUGGCUGCAUGUUUGCAUGUUUUCUUAUGGUAUUCUUACUAGGCAGCAAGUGAUGCUUCCUCUGUGCAUGCUCUCCUUCAGUUUUGAUGCUCAUAUCCUGUAUGUCCUCGCUCCUGAAAAUUGCAUAUAUGCAUUUGUUUCCAUUUUGAUUAUUUGCAUUGUUUUCUAAUUCUAGCCCCUAGGCAGCCCUCAUUUUGACUUGCAUUAAGGUUUACCUAUAGCUCCUCUUUUGUUUACUUCGUAAAUGGACAGUGCCUCUCUUGUCGGUAGUUAAUGGCAUAAACCUGUUUUGAGAGACCUUGACCACUCCACAUAUAGUCCACACAUUUAUUUUAUUUCACGAGCUAGUUAAUACCGUCAGCAUAGUUCAUUCACUGUGUUUAGCUAGAGGCUCAGAUAAAAAGCUUUAUGUGAAGCGUGCUGUGCUCCUACCUUUCAUUCUCAGUUGAUGUCAAGAUGAAGCUACAGAGAGCUAUGAUAAAUUUUAUAUGCCAUUCGCAUGCACCAAGUUUAGAUAAGAGGGAGGUAAUCAAAUAAUAUUUAUAGCACUAAGUUUGGCACUCUGGGGUGAUUGUCGAAUAAAUGACUGUGUAAGUGAUAGUUUCUGUAUCCCCUCUGCCUAGUUCUGGGUGUUAUUAAGAAAAGAACUUACUGUUGGCUUCAUUAGUGCUGUAGCAUCAUAAAUUGCUAUGCUUUUCGGCCACCUAGUUGUGUUAAAUGUUACCAAGAACCUGUUGAAAUCAUUUGCAUAGCGUACAGGGUUGCAGUUGCUUUCACUAAAUGUAUCUCUCCCUCUCUCUCUCCUUUCCAUUGGCUGAAGUUGAAGAACAGUACUGGAAUUUUUUUUAUCAGGACUAGCAAAGUCUGGGAGCUCGUAUUUUUAUGAAGAGCACACAGAGCCUAUGAUUAAUAAUUAAAAGUGUGAAGUCUGUGAGGAAUGAAAGAAUUGAGGUUAAAAAACUGAUGAAUGAGUAAAAGGGUUAAAAAAAAUUGAUAAGUAAUCCUACCAGAAAAUGCACACAUUCUCAGUUUGAUACAAGUUUUCUAUUCUGUUAAAAAUGAGAAUGCAUAGAGAAACAGCGCAUUUCAAUCAGUAGUACCUUUGUAUGCACGUUUGUCCCCAUGGUUUCAAUCAGUUUACAGUCUACAACUUGUAACCCAUAUGCAUUGUGGGCCACAUCACUCUUUCUGUACCAAAGGAAAUGACCAAUAGUACCAAAUUUUUCAGCGAUUUCCAGACACUUGGCCUCAUGACUAUACUCACUAGCAGUAGAAGGGCUAACAAAACAAUUUGCUUGUGAAGCAGGCUCAUGAUAGCCAGCUAAAUGAAAGUACCAGCCAGUCAUGAAGCGUUCUAAAGUAUGAACAGCUUUGUGAAUAUCUACUGACGUGAGCAAGUAAAGUUUUGCUUGAAUCCAUAAAUGAGGAAUGUGGCAAAAGGAAACCUAUAUCCUCAACCUACUUCAUAACUGCAUCAUCCAAGGGCACUUUUAUUUCAUGUUUUUGUGAAUAAAUUAUAGCUGUUCUAGCUUGUAAUUCGCCACUAAUGAUAAAAAAAAAAAAAAAAAAAAAACCUGUGAAGGUCACACUUGCCUUAGCGGCUUAUUUAUUCACAACAUUAAAUAACAUUACCGUAGGCGCUGUUCUGUCAUGUUGGACCUGGGCCUUAGGAGCACAUGCCUUAGGCAAUGUUAUAUUCUGUUGUCAUUAUUAAAUUGUAGCUCCCUAGGCCUGAAUUUCACCUCAUACACUUGGGAAAGGCUACACUUGGCUCAUGCCUUAGGGUCAAAAAGCAAUAAAUUUGUCCUAUGGUUCUUGUUCGUGAUCUAAAAUAGUAGCCAGCUCUCAUGUUGGCCUUGUUGCAUCAUGAUCAUGCAGAAUCUGUCCAUAUUGUAAUGACUAUUUUGUGUUAUGGCUUGGGCAUGGUUUUGCUAUCCAAUCCAUGCAUGAGCAGUGGUCAGCAAUCAUUUAUUGCAGUUAAAAGGAAGUAAUGAAAGUUCAGUGACUGGUGUGUGAAGAAGCUUGGUCUAGAAAGGGCAUUUGCCACUGAAAGUUUUAAAAUCAACAUAUUUAUAUGUCGCUCUUGCAUUUCACCAUUGCAUAUAGUCAUUGAAAGAUCAUCAUAUUGAAAUGUUAAGUUUUGCUCAUUUGGAUGUUGUUGGAAACGUUUCUUUGGGUUGGCCUUGCCUUAUUUAAGAUGACUUGAGGAGCUUUUUACCCAGGUACCCAUUGCCAAAAUGUAUAUGCCUUGAAAAAUAAAUUGAUUUGGUAAUGUAAA